ACUAGCUAGUUAGACAUUUAAUUUCAUUUCACUCUUUUAACGGACGCUGAAAGUUUUCCAAAUUUUCAGUUAUCGAAAUUAUCAAUAGCCAAAAUGAACGACGAAGUCCUUGAACCGGCUACGAGGGCAGUGCUAGCCAUGGCUGCCAGCCUGUUGCUCGACCAGUCGGCUGAAAGUGAAGAAUUGCACGAACUUUUGCAGAGAACAAGCAAUUCGCUGGUUGAUGAAGUUUCAGAUAGCUUCCGUGAAGAGAUGAGCAGAUCGUUAGGUAAAACUGAACAGUCCUAUCGAUUGUCACGUCCUUCCGUGCCAGUACGAAGACGUGGUCAGCCAGACACUCCUGACGCGGAUCGUUCGUAUUUUGAACCUAUGCCGACUGUCAUAUCUGGAACGCCUCAUUCUGCUGGCGGCCGCAUAAGGACACCUUUCGGUGUUCGUCGCAAGCAACACCUGAAACGGAUUGGGCACAGUGAGCCAAGAAUGAUGUACGAUCAACAGGUUCCCAAAAUUGUGAUAUCUCAAGACAAUGACGAAGCGGAAUCCUUUCGAAUAGCCCGUCCCCCAAGAUCACCUGUGCCAACACAUUUUCCGGAGUCCUCGUACGUCACUCCAAAGGGACCACCAAAACCAGUUCGAAUCAGAUCGAUGGGUCGAUCGACAACUCCUCCCGUGCCAGUACGACGACAUGGUCCGCCGGGAACUCCUGUUGUGGACCGUUCGUAUAUCGAAGCUGCGCCAAUUUCGGCACCUGGAAUCCCUCGAUCUGCUAGUGGCGGAUCAAGGACGCCGCUGGGACUUUUUCGUAGGCAGCAACUCCAAAGUAUUAGGGAAAAUGAACAGCUGGCUAUGAGCAACCAACAGCAGCCCAAUUUCGAGAUAUAUCAAGACAGUGACGAAGAAGAGUCUCUUCGAAUAGCCCAUUUGUUCAAAUCUCCUGUUUCAGAUCAAGAUUCCGUUAGACCAAACCUCGAUCUAUCACACGAACCGACUAUGUUGGGGCAGCCUUUACAUAGCACGCCUAUAAAAUCUCCAGUGAUGUCCCCCGCAGAAGACAGUGAAGUCAUAUCCUUACCGAGAAUCAUGACACCUCCGUUUACACCACCAUCACCGAUGACCCCAAGAGAAGAUAGUGGAGUAAUAUCGCCGCCGAGAUUCAUGCCACUUCCAUUUACACCACCAUCACCAGACCCCCCUCCUAAGCCACGUCAAUACGUGCCACCUAGCCCACCAGUGAGCCAUUUUCGACAAUUCCAACCAAUGUCUCCAAGUUAUCCAGAUGAAGAUCUGUCUCGUCGAAAAUAUGCCUCAAUCGACAUAUCGGCCCUGGAGGAAUCACGGACAAUUCACAUACCAGAUUCGCCUCCCAGACCGACCAUGCUUCAGAGUCCGAUGAAUUCCCCAUCGGAGCUUCCUUCCUUUGCAGUCCUUACCUUUGAGUCGUCAGACAACGAAGAUUCAAGGCCAAACAAACUUACCCCCGAAGAAUGGGAAGAAGUUCUAGGCAACAUGCACAAAGAGUUGUGGGAGUAUGAUUUGUCGAUGCAUGAGGCACUACUGGGAGAUCAACUGGAACCAUUACCACCACCUCCAGUAUGCAGCGGUAGCCCGUUUUUAACGUUACAUGAAGCACUCAAGGGCAACAGGUCGCCUACGCCAAGGAAUCCACCCAAGAAGGCAUCUCCACCGAAAAAGGCCCAACCACCGAAGAAUACGAGUCCGCCAUCGAAUCCAUAUCCGCCGAGAUUUACGACUGAGUUGAGAACUGUGCGUCCGCCGCCGAGAUCUGGGCCCCCGUCUAGGUUUAUGCAUCAACCGUGGAAUCCGCCUGGGGGACGGAAACUUCCAAUUCCGGUAGUACGCAGCUUGCCCGUCCCGCCAAUAACGUUCUCUAGAUAUAAACGAAGGGAUUACAUCCGAAUGCCGACAGACGCGGAGUUGGAUAUCACCCUAGAAGAUGAUGUCUUUUGGGAUUAGCCUAAAUUGCUGGUGAAUGUUUCUAUCUUGUUCUAUUCUGCUUAAUAAACGCGUCCAAUACACAAUGUAAAA